AUGGGACGUUACUGUCAUAGAAGAUGUAGAAACAUUUACAAAGGGUGCGACAGAUGGGCAAUGGAGGACAAAUGUCACACCAUAUUGACCCAAACAAACUUCUUUGAUAUGAAUUGUGCUUUAUCAUGCAAGCUAUGCACACCUGACCCAACUUAUGAUUUACCUGCGAUUCCGCUACCACCAGCAUUAGAGCCUUUACAGUUUUUCUUAGGACAAUGGCAUUCACAAGCAUCUAAAGGAUUACGUUUUCCUAUCGAUAUGUAUGAUGAUGAGUAUGAAGAAGUGCUGGACAUUUCUCCCGCCGAAGUACCCAUGUUCGGACCACCAUCCCUGAAUAUGACGAGUAGGUCGUGGCAUAAAGAUGAUGUGAGAUUGAUGCAUGGGUUCGUAACCUUACGACCAAACACUUUCCCAGUUGAAGUUGCUAUACUAAGUACAUAUAAUGAAGGCGUUAAUAUGAUUGAGCUUGGUGCUCUUAAAAAUCAUGUCUUAACACUGAACGUCACUUACAUGCAAGUUCACCCAACACUUGAUGGAGCCAUUCUGCCGUUAGGGAUCACCCGUCGGUUUAGAAGAAUCGGAUCAAUGCUUGAAAUGACAGUCGCUAAAUUAUACACUGCUAAUAAGGUGUCGCAGUUCAAGAAGAUGUUCAAGAAGAUGAAAGAUUAUCGAAUAUAA